AUGUCCACCAUCACUCUCACCAAGGACUCCCACGCCGACCGGGGCAAGUACCGCGUCGGCUACGAUGUCACCAGCAAGAUUCUCGGCGACGAACCCGUGGCGCCAGCGCUGGCGCGGCCGCCCAAACGCCUGCGUUCCACCAUCAGUAUCAUUGGUGCUGGCUUCGCUGGUAUCAUCAGUGCCAUCACCUGUCAGCAGAAGUUUGGCGACAGCGAUUUUCUCAUUAUUGAAAAGUACCCCAAGUUUGGCGGCACCUGGAUCGCCAAUACUUAUCCUGGGGUUGCGUGCGACAUCCCCAGUAUCUGGUAUUCCCUUUCGAGCGAGUUGGCUACUAACUGGCUGCGUUCGCAAAGUUAUGGCUUCGAAAUCGCCGAGUACAUCGACCGGGUCGUCGACAAGCACCAGUUGAAGCAGAAGGCAUUGUUGGGGCACGCGGUCAACCGCGCCACCUGGAUCGAGGCCGACGCCGAAUGGGAGCUUGUCAUUCACGAUGUCGAAACCGGCGACACCAUCAUCCACCGCCUGAAGAUUUUGGUCAACUGUCUCGGGGGGCUCGUGCACCCUCGUCACCCUCUGUACCGGGGGCUUCAUGACAAGUUUAAGGGCGAAUACAUCCACCUGGCGAUGUGGCGUGACGUUGACUUAAAGGGCAAGCGCGUGGCGGUGAUCGGCAACGGGUGCUCGGCGUGCCAGUUGGUGCCGGCAUUGCUCAACGAUGGCUAUGAAGUCGAACUGGUGACACAGAUUGCCCGGUCGAAGCACCACGUGAUGCCGCCGCUUCCCAAAGCGUUGCAGUGGCUCUACAAUUUAGUGCUGCGAGUAUGGUUAUUCCAGUGGAUUUUGCGGUUGAUCGUGGCGUCAUUUUUCGAAUUCCGCUUCCCCAUGUUCAAGGGCGACGGCUGGUGGUCGAAGUUUGUCCGCUGGAAGCUGACGCGGGAACUGAUCAACUACAUGAAGAAGCACACGCCGAAAAAGUACUGGAAGGAUGUCAUUCCUGAUUUCAAGAUCGGAUGUAAGCGUCUUAUCAUCGACCACAGCUACCUCGACAGUCUUAGCCACCCGCGCAUGGAGUUCAUUGGCGACAGCAUCAGCCACUUUGACGAGCACGGCCUCGUACUCAAGCUGGGUCGCUACGUCGCUUGCGACGUGGUGGUGGCGUGUACUGGCUACGACAUCUCCAAGCUGUUGAAGACGAUAGACGUGGUGGGGCGCAACGGCACUACUCUUGAAUCGCUUUGGACCGGUAAAGAUGGCCGCAUUACCGCUUACGAAACCGCUAUGGUCAAAGAUAUGCCCAACAUGUUCUUGAUGGCGGGACCUAACAGUGCUAGUGGUCACGCGCUGGUGGUGCUGGCGAUCGAGUAUGUGGCGACUUUCUUCACUAAAGUGGCGCGCCCAGUGGUGGAUGGCACCUAUAAGCUGGUGGAGGUGACGCUGGAGGCGUACUACCGGUGGUUCGACGAGUGCCAGCGCGAGCUCAAGAAGGCCGUCUACGGCACUCAGUUCGGCGGGUGUGUGCUGUGGUACUCCGACAUGGAUUACAACUACACCACCUACCCGUACUCGCAGAUCCGGUACUGGUGGAACAUGAGCCACCCCAACAAACGCGACUUAGACUACCGUAAAUAG